UUUAAAAAAAAAAAAAAAUCACAAAAAUAAAAAAUAUGACGCCGUCUGCCGCAGUGGGUUUACGUCGCUAGCUACAGUGCGCUUGCGCAGUUUCCCUCCACACAACUGCACAAACAUGGCGGCGGUCGUCGACAGUGUUGUGAAAGUGCUGGGGGAGCAGUAUUACCGAGAUGCUAUGGAGCAGUGUCACAGCUAUAAUGCCAGACUGUGUGCUGAGCGUAGCAUCCUCAUGCCCUUUCUGGACUCACAGACCGGUGUGGCUCAGUCUAACUGCUACAUCUGGAUGGAGAAGAGACACCGGAGCACAGGUGUUGCUCCAGGUCAGCUGUAUACUUACCCAGCUCGUCGCUGGAGAAAGAAACGGCGCUCUCAUCCCCCCGAGGACCCCCGAUUGGCCUUCCCCCCUCUCAAAGCAGCAGAUUUGGAGUUGGGCCUGAAACGUGAUUCCUUAGGGGUAGUGGAUGGGAGCAGUUUGGAGGCUCUAUUGAAGGGCGAGCCUCUUGAUAGGAAAAGUGCUGUGACGGAGGUACGAGGUCCUGAGGACGAUCCAGCCAUCGUAGACCCCCCCACUAGCUCUACAACGACUCACACGUCGUCUGGACGUGUCCGCAAGAGAGUCCUUGACCACGAUGACUAUCUGGAUGACUUAGACGAUGAAGACUUUGAAGACGAGACCCCCAAGAGGAAAGGCAAGAGCAAAUCUAAGGGUCGCAGUGACAAAAAUGGCAAGAAGAAAAGUGAAGCUGCAGCUGCAGCUCUGGAGGAAAGAGACAAACCUUACGCCUGCGACAUCUGUGGGAAGCGCUACAAGAACCGCCCAGGCCUGAGCUACCACUAUACACACUCUCACCUGGCUGAGGAGGAGGGGGAGGACCGCGAGGAGUUUGAGGCACCACCCACUCCUCGCCAGCCUGAAGAGCAGAAGACAACUAAAAAGGGCCCAAAUGGUUUGGCGCUGCCUAACGAUUACUGUGACUUCUGUCUGGGAGACUCCACCUUGAACCAAAAGACUGGCCAAUCAGAGGAGCUUGUGUCCUGCUCAGACUGUGGACGUUCGGGGCACCCCACAUGUUUGCAGUUCACGCCUGUUAUGAUGGCCGCCGUGAAGACCUACCGCUGGCAGUGCAUCGAGUGCAAGUGCUGCAAUGUUUGUGGCACUUCGGAGAAUGAUGACCAGCUGCUGUUCUGUGAUGACUGUGACCGAGGCUACCACAUGUACUGCCUUAGUCCCCCCAUGACCGAACCUCCCGAGGGGAGCUGGAGCUGCCACCUGUGCCUGGCUCUACUCAAAGAUAAAGCCUCCAUCUACCAGCAGAACCAGAGCUCGGCCUCUGAGUGACGAAGCACCAGAUAGUCCGUCUAACCCCCUCAGUCACAUGUCAACACGUCAGUGCACCUCUCUCCAGGACAGUUGUCCAAUUCUGUCCAAAUGUCGCUCAGUAACCUCACAGGUCAGCAGCAGAAAUCUUCUUGGGUCGACACGGGAGAGGGAGGAAGGUGGAGGGGUGGCACGUCGUCCCCAUAACAGACCUCACAUCAGUUCAAUUGUGGCUCAAAGUGAAGCGCCAACCUGCCAGCGAAGCUGUCUUAACACAAACACGUACACACUUGUCCUGGACUGCUGCAACGCUGACAUGAGAACGAAAGAACCAUAGCAACAGCUGCCUCCACGUGAGCUCCCGGGAGGAAAUGGAGUAGCCGCACUGUGCUAUGUUUUGUUUUGUAUUUCUCUGCCAAAUGAUCUAUUUUUACCGAAAGGAUGCGGAGGGGGCAAAACAUGCCACAAACAGUAUGUCGAUGGCGAAUUCUCUUAAUAUUGUUAUUGUUCUGGUUACUAGUGGACUUUGGUAGUGGCAUUUGUCUGUGUACUUUGUCUGAUCGUUUGGAGCAUUUUUUCAUUUGAGAGGGUUACAUUAUAGCUUACUAUCGUUUUGCUAUUAGUAUUUAUCAACCAAAGGGUGCUCAUAGUCUUGAGUUUUUUUUCCAUAUCAUAGCAUGAUUUAAAUUCACUAUACAGCUCAUUACCAUAGCCACAUUUAUUUUACAGUUGUGGAGGCCACUCGUAGUGACCCCAGUUUUUUUAUAUUAUAUAUAAUAUUCAUUGGUGUUGAGAUCAUUUUCUAAUAGUUUUGUAAAGUGUGUGGUAAACACUUCCAUGUAAUACAGCUUCUUAAACAUUCUGUGUACUGUGUUGCCAAGUUUGUAUUUUUGUUUUGCCUGUGACUUGAAU